AUGGGCCCCAAGCACUCGGCACGCGCGCCACUCCCAGCUUCUCGGCCCCGCGCGGAGGGUCCCACUCGCCUCGUGCCAGCCCCACGCGCCUGCGCUCGGAUCCACUCCCCGCCACCGCGGGCUCGCUUUUGCGCACAGAUUUCACGGCGAGGGGCGGAGCCAGACGGGGGCGGAGCCAGACGGGGGCGGAGCCAGACGGGGGCGGAGUCUGAGAGACUGGCACUAGAGCCUCCACCUGGCACCCCGGUGGGGCAGAAGGAGCAGGAACUGCUGGAGCGGGCCUUCUCCUGGGUUGAAUUCAGGCAAUUCUUCGAUGUGUGGUGUCAGCAUCAGCUGAUAAUCAUCACCAAGAGCUCCGUGCACCUGGCUUGCUGAAGCUGGGCCAGUGCGCCCCAGUUCUCAUCAAUCAGUGUGCUCAAUUAAAGCUAUUUGAGGCUCAUGGGUAAGGACACGGGCACCCCUAGCUGGCCUGCAGAGGAUUGUGUAAAUCCCGUGUUCCUAGAGGACCAGGCAGUGGUGGAAAUGGUGUUUUUCCCUAAGUCGCGCACCAGGACAGUGCUGCGCUGCCCCCACCCUGGUGGAUCGGCUGCCCGGCUGCAGGGCGCGGUCGACCAGCAGACCGCGCUGAACGUCAAGGGCCCCGAGGUGGAGGCUCAGCUGCCCGCCUGGCGCCAGCUGCUGCAGGGCGCACCCGUUCAGUUCUGGGGUGCGCAGGGCCUGGAGACGCUCUUCACCAGGACGCAGGAACUGGUGCUGCCCAAGGAGCUGUCCAAGGUGCUGGCCAAGCUGAGUGCACAAGACCCGGCCGCCUUUGUGGAAUACUUCGAGUGCAGGAGAAGAGACUCAAAAGAAGGAAGUAUUUGAGGAGAGGCUUCCUUAGAAAAAGAGUGGAUGAGAGGGCUGGAGGCCAGAGUCCUACUGGGAAAUGACGAUAUAAGAGGACCUGAGAUCAGAGAGUGGAAGGGGGCCCCACUAGAGGGUGAGAAAGAUAGUGGUUUGUACAGUUACGUCUGGGGAGAGGACCAACUGGAGGAGCAGGGUCUAAGAGUGCUGGACGACUAUACUUGGAGGAUGGUCCAGUUGGAGGAGCAAAGCAUCAGAAUGCUGGAAAUGACAGCAGGGACACCCUGCGUACGGAAGGGGUCCCCAGUGGAGUGCCUGGGACCCGAGCCUGGGGAAGUGAGAGGAAUGGGACAGGAGCUCAGAAGAAGGGGUCUGGAAGACAUGAUUCUGGUCCAGCCGGGAGACAGAGGCCUGGAGAAAGGAGAUGAAUGGGAAGUCUGGCCUGUGGACCCCAAGAGGUGA